AUGGCGCGGAAAUUUGAUAUGGUCAAAGAUAUCGAUGAGAAGAAAGAAACGUUGAAGCUUGCUGUUCGUAUAAAAGACUUGUGGUUUGUUCAAAACCGGGAUAACAGUCGUCAUAUGGAACUGAUUCUUUUGGAUCAGAAGGGUUCCAUGAUUCCUGCAAUGGUAAAAAAGGAAGAUUUAGGAUUGUGGGAAGAAAAGUUGGUAGAGGGCCAGACGUAUAUAAUGCAUAACUUUAAAAUCUUGAAGAACCACGGACAAUUUCGUGUUUGUGAUCAUCCUUACAAGUUAUUGUUCAUAGGAGCAACCACUAUUAAAGAACAAGCAAUUUCGAGCAUUCCAGUAAGCGUUUACAAAUUCAAAAGUAUCGAAGAUAUAGUUGAUGGAAAUUACGCUGUUGAUUUAUUGUAUGAUAUUAUUGGAGUGGUGGACAAUGUGAGGUGUAAUCCUCAGUCGAAGAAUGUGGCGUUUCAUAUAAGGGAUUUUAGCUCUGCUGUCAUUGGGUGUACCUUGUGGGAUUCCUAUUACUUGAAAUUUAUGAGCAAUUGGAGGGGUGACCCGGAUUCAUCUAUUGUUGUUGUUAUGUUGACUCAGGCUAAGAUCAAACCGUGUUCGGGUUGGUCAAUUUAUUUGAUAAUUUGUGGUUUUUUGGUUUUGUCUGUGCUGAUUUUGUUUUUCCUUUAG